ACAUCUGAAUACUCCAUGGCAUCGUUAACUGGUGGUUUGGAUGAAAUGAAAUCCAGUCUAACAAGUCCAUCCUCGGCAGAUAUAGGAGGAACAGUUCCUGGACCACAGUCAUACCCUAUUGUGACAGGUAUUGAUACAUUUCUGCUCUGA